GGCAAAAUUCCAGGAGAGCAUCUCAUCUGGGACAGAGGAAAGCUGUGAUUAAAAAAACUCCUUUCUCCAAACCAUUGAAGCUGAUCUAGGCAUUUAUACAACAUGACAUCUGUAAGUGAGCCUGCAUCAGUUAAGAAAUCCAAGCCAUCUAGGAGGCAUAAAAGUAUAAAAAGACAUACAAGUCGGAUGUACUCUGCCUACCAUGAGCAACUUAACAGCAAUUCAGAAGAUGAAGAAGGCACAGGGGAUGACAAAGCAGAAAGCAGUGACCCAGAAGAGAUCUUUCAAAAUAUUCAGAUACAAAAGGAAAUCAUUGCCAAUAUACGCAGCAGGCCUUGGCCAAUGAGGAAGAAACUCAAAGCACUCAAACAAGCAAAGGAAAUUGUACUGAAGUAUGAAGGGAGAUUAACAAGAACCCGAGGUUACCAGGCAGCAGGAGCAGAGUUAUGGAGAAAAUUUGCAAGGAACGUGUACAAUUUGGCAGUAAUUUUCAUUCCGUGGGAAAUGAGAAUAAAGAAAAUUGAAAGUCACUUUGGCUCAGGAGUUGCAUCUUACUUCAUAUUUUUGAGAUGGCUUUUUGGAAUCAACAUUGUUCUUACCAUAAUGACAGGAGCAUUUGUUGUGUUACCAGAGAUUCUUGCAGGAGCCCCUUUUGGAAGCACACCCAGUAAAACAAUUCCUGACAAGUAUCUUGAUUCAGCACAGGACUUGGACACAAUAUGGUCAUUAGGGGGUUACCUUCAGUACUCUGUUUUAUUUUAUGGUUACUAUGGCAGAGAAAGGAAGAUCGGUCGAGCAGGAUAUCGAUUACCCUUGGCCUAUUUUCUGGUGGGAAUGGCAGUGUUUGCUUACAGCUUCAUCAUUCUUUUGAGAAAGAUGGCAAAAAACUCACGUGUGAGCCUAACUAGUACUUCUGAUGAGACUUAUACAUUCAGUUUUGCUCUCUUUUGUGCUUGGGACUACCUUAUUGGGAACCCUGAAGCAGCAGAGAGUAAAGCUGCUGCAAUUGUUAACAAUAUCAGGGAAGCAAUUUUGGAAGAGCAAGAGAAGGACAAAAGCAAAAACAUAGCUGUAACCAUUAGCUUAAGAAUUCUUGCAAAUAUUCUUGUUCUCCUGUCACUUGCUGGAAGUAUUUAUAUUAUUUACUUUGUUGUUGAUCGAUCCCAGAAGUUAGAAAGUUCAAAGAAAGAAUUAACACUUUGGGAAAAGAAUGAGGUGAGUGUUGUUGUUUCCCUCAUCACGAUGAUUGCACCUUCUGCCUUUGAACUCGUGGCUGCAUUAGAAACGUAUCACCCCAGGACUACACUGCGAUUUCAGCUCGCAAGGGUGUUGGUGCUUUACCUGGGAAACCUUUACAGUCUGAUCAUUGCCCUACUGGAUAAGGUGAACAUCAUGAGUCAAAAUGAAAGCAUCAAUAUUACAAACACCUGGACAGACUCUACUACGUUUCUAGCCACAAAAGCACUUCCAGAUGAGACCAAUGUAUCCACAGUGGUCCCAGAAAUAAGGCUGAGAAUAAACAAUACAUUCGGGGUGGACAUGGAAGAAAACAAGACCCGGCUGUACAUACCAUUUAACAAGACGGGUUCAUACGCUUAUAACACUCUGAGUCCAGAGUCUCAGUGCUGGGAAACAUAUGUUGGACAGGAAAUGCUUAAACUAUCCAUCAUAGAUAUGAUUUUCACAGUUGCAAGCAUUCUGCUGAUAGACUUUUUUCGUGGGCUUUUUGUAAGAUUCCUGAGUGACUGUUGGUGUUGGGAUCUGGAAACAAAAUUUCCUGAGUAUGGAGAGUUCAAAAUUGCAGAGAAUGUUCUUCAUCUGAUCUACAACCAAGGAAUGAUAUGGAUGGGUGCUUUCUUCUCACCAUGUCUCCCAGCAUGCAAUGUUUUUAAACUGAUCGGCCUAAUGUAUCUCAGAAGCUGGGCUGUACUGACAUGUAAUGUCCCACAUCAACAGGUCUUCAGAGCUUCAAGAUCUAAUAACUUUUAUUUGGCAAUGCUUCUGUUUAUGUUAUUCCUAUGCAUGUUGCCAACAGUGUUUGCUAUUGCAAGAUAUAAACCUUCGGCAUCCUGUGGACCCUUUAGUGGUCAGGAGAAAAGUUACGAUAUUGUUUCUGAAACCAUUGAGACAGAUUUUCCUCAGUGGUUUAAAACAGUGAUGGGUUAUGUUACCAGCCCUGUGGUGGCUCUCCCAGCAUUACUGCUUCUUUUUAUGCUGAUCUAUUAUCUUCAGUCAAUUGCACGUUCAUUGAAGAUAACCAACACACAGCUGAGGAUGAAACUGCAAACAGAGACCACUCAAGACAGGAAGAAGGUCUUCCAGCUUGCUGCAGCAAGGUUCCUUAAAAAGGAAGAGAAUAAUAAGCCAAAUGACCAAGAUGGUGACAUCACCAGCCAGGAAUCCUCAGCGCACUCAUCAUCAGCCCGAAGAAAUGACAGCGUAGUGACCUUUGAGUCUCCAAAAAACAAAAAUAGCAGCAUUACAACUGUGUCUCAGUCUGUACCUAAAGCCAGUGUAAGCCAAAAAGUGAAUGUUUCUCCUGAGAUACCUGUUCCUCAAAAGCACAAAACAGAAAAUAUGCCGAACAGGUAUCCUGGAGUGUUUCAUGGAAGCACAGCCGAUGUCUACAAAACAAAGUCCCAGCAUUCGUUAUCUUACAAUAGAUAUCUAGAAAAGGUCCAUUCUGGUCCCAUAUUGAGAAAAGGCAUUAAGCCAGUGCAGAUAGAGACUUUUGGAGGCAGUGCCCCAAUAUAUCCAGCCCAAAGAGUGCACGGUACUCGAUAUGUGAUUAUAAAUGAGUGCAAACCUCAUAAGAAGUAUCUCAGGGCAACUGGACGAACACCCAGGCGUUUCAGGAUGGAAGAUUCAAGAGAAGUAAUGGAGCUGUGCCCAAGAAAUAUAAGAAGGUACACUGUACAGACUCAACACAGACUGCAUUCACCCCACUUUAGUGAAGAGGAAGCAGAGGAGGAAGAGCAUGUAAGAGAGUUUGUGAAGCGAUCUCGACACCCACGACCACGCUCAGACCUCCAACAUGCUCCACACUUUUACAUUGGAGAGGAUCCAGAGACCCAGAUCCUAACUAGCAGAGACUUGGCGCACUUGCAUUACAGAACAUAUGAGGAUGAAAGUGAGGUAGAAUUGGAAGAAGCUUCAUACAUUCCUUGUAAGAAACGCACAAAAAAAUUCACUUCUAGUGAGCAACUUCCAGAAUGUAAUGUGAAAUUAAAAGUGAAACACAAUGUGGAGCCGUCAUUUACCGACUCAGAUUCCGCGUCUGGAGCAUCAAGCAGUGAUCAGCAGAACAGCAGCAGUGACCAAUACCUACAGGUCAUUCACAGCAAAGAACCAUUUCUGAAGUCUGGUGAGAAAGUUACAAAACAGAGACCAAAAACAUGUGCUGAGCUUAAUAUUUCAGGUUCUAGUGAGCUUAUCUUUUCAAAUGUAUGAUGUUUCAAUGUUCUGAAAAAUUACAGCAACUGAAGCUGAUCUUGUUUAUGUUCAGAAGCUCCAUGUGUAUACCUGCUUAUGUUGAAAUGGAAACAAUAUUUAUGAGCCCGCACUGUAUUACAGAAGAAAAAAGUAAUGUAAGUCUGCGACCUACAAAGUCCUGUCGUGUUCAGUGUCUCAGCAUCAUUUCUCAGGUUAAUCAUGUUGGUGAUGUCACAGUCUGAUAAACACAUUUCUCUAUGGUCACAAAAUUAUUUUAGUAAACUUUCAUGAAGUCAGUUUUAACUAUGCAAAAGCAAGAAUCUUAUCUUCCAAAGAACUAUGUUUUAAAAUAACUGAGUGCAGCUAUGCAUGUAUAAUUUUUGUACGAAGUUAA